UUCGCCCCCGAAUCCUUCUAUGGAAAGUUGCGCCAGCUGUUCUCCCAUCAAGUCCUCCAGACACAGCUGCACCAGAUCAGGAAGCAGGGCAGCUACUAUGCGUGGAAUCUGAAAUGGAAUCCGAAGUACGACAUUGGCAGGCUUGAGGGUGGGAAAUGCGCGCUGACCGGCAGCCCCAUCUCCCUCUUUUGGGACUCCGACGUGGCCAAAUGGAUGGAAGCAGCGUGUUACUUCCUCGCCUCACCAGAAGGACAAAGAUCCCCUCAUCGCAGAGAAUUCGCGCUGGCCAUCGAAGAAUUGAUUGGCAUGAUGGAAAACGCACAAAGUUCCGAUGGCUACCUGGGCACAUACUUCACCGUGGUCGAUCGCAAAGGCAGGCUACAGAACUUGAGGGAUAUGCAUGAAAUGUACUGUUGCGGACAUUUGCUUGAAGCGGCCCUCGCCCAUCAUCAAUAUACCCGCUCGACCAAGUUUCUCGACAUCAUGAUCCGCUACGUGGCACUGCUGAUGCAAAUGUUUGGACCCAAUUCAGAUCAGCGUCACGGCUACCCUGGUCAUCCCGAGCUUGAGUUGGCCAUGGUCAGGUUGUAUAGUCGAACUCAAGAUCAGAAGCAUCUUGAAUUUGCUCGAUAUCUCGUGGGCACCCGAGGCCUCAUCGAACCGGACCUGGGAAACCGUGCCUUUUUCGUAUGGGAGGCGGAGCAGCGCCAAGACAAGUAUUAUCAUCGAACAAUGGAGAGCAUCACGGACGGACGAUACCACCAAUGGCAUGCACCUUUGAAUGAACAAAAGGCUGUCGUCGGACAUGCAGUUCGCGCCAUGUAUCUGCUCACUGCCGCCGCCGAUCUUGGCGAGAACUUCUUGGACUCUGCUAGAAGGCUGUGGGACGAUACGGUUGACAACAAGAUGUAUUCCACUGGCGGUAUCGGUAGCGACCCGUCAAUAGAGGGCUUCUCCGAGAUCCCUCACUUUCUUCCCGAUUGUGAAGAUGAGGGUGGCUGCUAUGCAGAGACUUGUGCCAGCAUUGGUUUAUGCAUGCUGGGCGAACGUCUCUUGAGUCACCGGCUGGACGGCCGCAUUCGCGAUGUCAUGGAACGCAGCCUUCUAAAUACUGUGUUAGGCGGAGCCAGCCUUGAUGGCACGCGUUUCUUCUAUGCAAACCCCUUGGCAACCAGCAAAACUGGAACCACAGAGCGAUCCGACUGGUUUGAUUGUUGCUGCUGUCCACCGAAUCUUUGUCGGACCCUCGGAUUACUUGGGGGCUAUACAUGGUCGGCGGAAAUCGUUGAGACAACCAUCAACCUCAACAUAUAUCUAUACCUCUCCGCCGCCAGACGCAUACCUCUACCACCAUCCGGACAGAACGAAGCUGUGGUCAACAUGGAGAGUGCAAUGCCCUGGGGCGGCAGAACUAUUCUCACCUUCUCCGCGCCAGCGGAUUGGCAAUGGAACAUCAAUCUGCCUAUUCCCAGCUACGCUGUGAACUUCAGCGUAAAUGGAGUUCAAGUUGGCGGCGAGACUCCUACUGGCUUCCAAAGAUUGUCACUGCCCGCCGAUGCCAAGCUGGUCAUCGAUUUCGACAUGCCAAUCACCCUGGAGUCUCCACACCCAGAAACUCACAAAGACGCUCUGACCGUCAUCCGCGGACCACUUGUCUAUACCGCAGAGAGCUGGGACAAC